GUUUGCUGGAGCCCGGCCCUUAGAAUUUUCAUUCAAAUCCAAGGCUACCGUUUGCGAAAAGUAUACACCAAGUCUUCAGGCAGGAUGGCGGCAUUUUCCUCGCAGGAGACCGUGACGAUGAGGCAGUUCAAGGACCCAAUUCAUGACUACAUUCCCCUUUCAUCUGAUAUUUGCAAGGUUGUGGACACAAAGCACUUUCAACGCCUUCGAGAUAUCAAGCAGCUCGGUACCUCGUACUAUGUCUGGCCCGGAGCAUCGCAUAAUCGCUUUGAGCACUGUUUGGGUGUAGCACAUUUGGCCACCCUGAUGGUUACACACCUUCAACGAGCACAACCAGAGCUUGGGAUCACCGAACGCGAUGUCCGGUGUGUUAUCCUCGCCGGCCUGUGCCACGAUUUAGGACACGGUCCCUGGAGCCACGUUUGGGAUAGUCUUUUCAUCCCCGUAGCACUGAAAGGCAAGAAAUGGUGCCAUGAAGACGCUUCAGAGAUGAUGCUCGACGAUAUGAUCAAGCAAUACCCCGAUCUCGGGAUUCCACCAGAAGACGCCACGUUUAUCAAGGCUCUGAUCGCUGGCGCCAAAAAGAGAUGCCCAGAUGAGAAGGGCUUCCUCUUCGAAAUUGUGGCGAACAAGCGCAACGGACUAGACGUCGACAAAUUUGAUUACAUUCAGCGAGAUAGCAUCGCGGUAGGAGAGCGUGGCAACCUAUCCCUCAGCCGGCUCAUCACAUCAGCACGAGUGAUUGAAAACCAGAUUUGCUACGAUAUUAAGGAUUCCAACCAGAUCUACGAACUCUGUUGGACACGCUUUUCGUUCCACAAGCGUAUCUACAAUCAUAAAACCGCCAAGGCGAUAGAGUACAUGAUCGUAGACGCCAUCCUUGCUGCCGAACCGUAUCUCUCCAUCGCAAAACAGAUCGAGGUUCCGUCAAGGUACCUUUACCUCACUGAUCACAUUGCGACUACCAUUGAGGCCUCGGAAGACGAAAGACUUGCGCCAGCUAAGAAGAUUUUUGACCGUAUCCGCGAACGCAAACUCUACCAGUGUGUCGACUACAAAGUCUUUCAAUGGGCCUUCUACGACACUGUGAGGGUGCGAAUAACGGCGGAGAACAUUGCCGAUGCUGUUCGCAAGCUCAGCGACCCCGAGAUCAUUGCCUCUACCACCCCUGUGAAGGAAAACGGCGAGAUCGACGAGGUGCCGCGUAGUGAGGAUGAUGUUAUCGACGCGGAGUUCGUGAAGGCCAUCACAGCGGAUCAUAUUGUCGUUACGUUGUCGAAGAUGCACUAUGGCAUGCAGGACAAAAAUCCUUUGAGUUUCGUCAAAUUUUAUCACAAGAAGACGCCCGAUAUUUGUAUGCAUGCAAGCUUCCACGAAGUGUCCCACCUCAUGCCCGAAGUGUUUGGAGAGGUUCUUCUCCGUGUCUACACCAAAGACAUCCGCUACUUUGGCCUCAUCCAAGCAGGCUACCGCUCUCUCCUCAGAUCCAUGCCUUCUCAACCCGAUCCCACCACACCUGAAAAGCCUACAGCCCACGCUCCCUUUGAUAGUCCCUCAACACCCACCAACGCAGCGACCGCAGAAGACGCACCGAGCACUCCCAAGGCUCCUUUCAGUCGCGUGUCUAGCAGAGGCUAUGGAUCUCUCGGUCUGGGCACUGGAGCUUCCGGAGUCGACGACUCUCCGUUUGCGGAUAAUGAGUUUAUGACGGUUAGCAAACGGUUCCCGCUUGCGCCGGCGAGUCCUUCAAGGAGUGGCGGUGGCGGUGGCGUCCUGGCACUGAGCAUUGGGAAGAGGCAGAGGGCUGAAGGCGAUAGCGAGGUAUCGGGAGCAGAGUUGAAGAAGUCGAAGUCGAAGUGAUACACGUGUUGAAGAUGGUAUUCGGUGCCGGUUUCUAACUUACAUUCGGUGUAUUGCCUCUUGCAACUUAUGUUCGGCCUAAGGCUAAUAAUAUUUGAUGUUUCCAGUGGAUCUGCACUCCUUUGUGGUACGGAUGUUACAUUGUGCUGGUCUGGGGGAAACACCCUCAAGCGGUCUGUGGAAGUUCUGCUUUUGAACCACGUGUAUGGAGGGAGUGCCAAACGGCGUCGGACGUAUAGUUCCUGUUCUUGGGUAUAUGGUCGCAGAACACGUUGACCUCUGUCUCACCGUCUUCACCAAUUCCCUACAUAGUAGACCAUCAUUCUUUGCCGGGCGUCUCUCUCUUCUUCGUCUUCAUACUCUCACGAGUGUGAAUGAUGUCAGGUGCUACUGUUGCGCCACCAUAAUUACGACUCUAUAUAGCCUCCCCCUGAGCCUGAGCCCUCUUCCCCCACCACAUUUCCGCCCACGUUACUAUGUCCUCCGCUGCCGAUUUACUGUCGCAAGCUCAAAAGGCUUUGGAUAGUGCGAAAGCCGUCGGUGCAGGCCGCUCUCUUCGAGGCAUAAGGAUCAGCCUAGCUAUCUCGCGGCUGUACGAAGCUCAAGGACGGUCAGUUGGCAACGAUGUUUUGCUACGGAAGUGCAAUGAAAGCCUUAUCACCGCUAUGUACCAAAAAUUGGCUUUCUUUACGGAGCAAUCCCGCCUUACGACGCCGGAUGUCCUUGAUAUUCGGACGACCAUCGACCACGCCAUUUCUAUACUCAGCACAUCUCCUGCGCAAGCAUUGUCUUUCACGUCGAUUGUUGACGACCUCGUUCCGACUCUGACGACCACGCCGACGGGCCUUGUACUACUUCACAAGCUCUCACUCCCCUCGUUCACACCAACCAAUGUCCGAGAUACUGUCAUACAGGACGGUUUUGACCAUGUCCGCCUCAAUGCGAUCCUAACACUUGCAGAAUCUAAAUACACCGAUGCUACUCGGAUGUACGAAUCUGGCGCAUGGGCCCGCGCCCUCAAUCUCCUGCAAAGCGAAGACGCGGCGCUGAACAGCGCUUUAGAGCUGGAGUACCAUGUGGGGAACAAGGGAUAUAUGGAACAUGGUGGUGCCACACGGGGAAUGUUCUUACGCGCGGACUACGACCUUCUGUUGGCUCAAUGCCGCGGGCAUCAGGCGGUGAAGACUGGGGAUGAUUUGUUCGAGACGAGUCUGCGUGUUGCACCGGAGGAGCUCCUUGGUUGGGCACAGCUUGCGCAAGACGAUUAUCGAGUGGCAUAUAGACUUAGUGCUACCAGAGAUAUUGAGCUCGAAGGAAUGUCGCUAGGCCGUCUUGCACGCUUUCAUGAGCGCGUGACGUUGGUACCCUCAACCGCACACGAGCUCUAUCUCCGCGCUGUUCAGCUCGGGGCCUCGCUCUCUCCUAACCUCCCAAAGGGAGAGUGGUAUUCCACUGCAAUCAAAGCUGUCCAGACCUAUCGUGAUUCCUUGCAUUCCAAGGAGGCAAAGGAGUGGGCCGACAAACGUAAGCCUGUGCUCGACAAGUUGGAGAAGGAGAUCAACCAACUCGAGACCAAUGCUCGCACUAUGGAACAUCGUGAGUUCGUGGACUGGAUCUGGGUUAGGUGGCCUCCUAAGACUCCAGGGUCACCCGAUGCUCCUAAGGACACAGAUAAACCGGAAGAACUGACCAAGAAGAUGAUGCUCAAAAUCAUACAAAGGUAUCACAGCGACAAAAAUGGGAGAUGGGGAGAGGAAUGGCACGUUCUAUCUGAAGAGAUCACGAAGAUGCUCACCCAGAUCUACGAGCGCAUGAAAGGAGUCGAUUGAUCAGAGUGUGUCUUUGGGCUUGGUUGUGUGAUGGAGAAUUCCUGCACCAUCCCAAUUUCAUGGCCAUUGAUUUAUGCCUACCAUUUUCGAUCAUGUCUCAUACGAUUUUCUGUAGUCAUCGUAUGCGAUUCGAAUUGUC